CCCAGCCCUUCCUUGGGAGGGGGCCGACCCCCACAGAACCGUCCCCCACCCCCGCGCCCUUCCGCACCCAGAGACCAGCCCGGAGAGGACCGGGAGUGCCGCUGCUCACGCCGACGCGUCCCCUCCGCUUCCAGGUGUAGCGCCCCCGCGCGGCGCGGGCGGCUGGGCGUCUCCAGCAUGACCGGCCAGAGCCUGUGCGACGUGUCGGAGGCCAACGUCGAGGACGGAGAGAUCCGCAUCAACGUGGGCGGCUUCAAGAGGAGGCUGCGCUCGCACACGCUGCUGCGCUUCCCCGAGACGCGCCUGGGCCGCCUGCUGCUCUGCCACUCUCGCGAGGCCAUUCUGGAGCUCUGCGACGACUACGACGACGUCCAGCGCGAGUUCUACUUCGACCGCAACCCCGAGCUCUUCCCCUACGUGCUGCAUUUCUACCACACCGGCAAGCUUCACGUCAUGGCGGAGCUGUGCGUCUUCUCCUUCAGCCAGGAGAUCGAGUACUGGGGCAUCAACGAGUUCUUCAUAGACUCCUGCUGCAGCUACAGCUACCACGGCCGCAAAGUGGAGCCCGAGCAGGAGAAGUGGGACGAGCAGAGCGACCAGGAGAGCACCACGUCCUCCUUCGAUGAGAUCCUAGCCUUCUACAAUGAUGCCUCCAAGUUCGAUGGGCAGCCCCUGGGCAACUUCCGCAGGCAGCUGUGGCUGGCUCUGGACAACCCCGGCUACUCGGUCCUGAGCAGGGUCUUUAGCGUCCUAUCCAUCCUGGUGGUGUUGGGGUCCAUCAUCACUAUGUGCCUCAACAGCCUGCCAGACUUCCAGAUCCCCGACGGCCAGGGAAACCCUGGCGAGGACCCCAGGUUUGAAAUCGUGGAGCACUUUGGCAUCGCCUGGUUCACAUUUGAGCUGGUGGCCCGGUUUGCUGUGGCCCCUGACUUCCUCAAGUUCUUCAAGAACGCCCUAAACCUUAUUGACCUCAUGUCCAUCGUUCCCUUUUACAUCACUCUGGUGGUGAACCUGGUGGUAGAGAGCACCCCUACCUUGGCCAAUUUGGGCAGGGUGGCCCAGGUCCUGAGGCUGAUGCGGAUCUUCCGCAUCUUAAAGCUGGCCAGACACUCCACUGGCCUUCGCUCCCUGGGGGCCACCUUGAAAUACAGCUACAAAGAAGUAGGAUUGCUCCUGCUCUACCUCUCCGUGGGGAUUUCCAUCUUCUCUGUGGUGGCCUAUACCAUCGAAAAGGAGGAGAACGAAGGCCUGGCCACCAUUCCUGCCUGCUGGUGGUGGGCCACUGUCAGUAUGACCACAGUGGGGUAUGGGGAUGUGGUCCCAGGGACCACAGCUGGGAAGCUGACUGCCUCUGCCUGCAUCUUGGCAGGUAUCCUCGUGGUGGUACUGCCUAUCACCUUGAUCUUCAAUAAGUUCUCCCACUUUUAUCGGCGCCAAAAGCAACUCGAGAGUGCCAUGCGCAGCUGUGACUUUGGAGAUGGAAUGAAGGAGGUCCCUUCGGUGAAUUUAAGGGACUAUUAUGCCCAUAAAGUUAAAUCCCUAAUGGCAAGCCUGACGAAUAUGAGCAGGAGCUCGCCAAGUGAACUAAGUUUAAAUGAUUCCCUACAUUAGCCAGUGGACUUGACAUCUCAAACCCACGUUGCUGAGCUGCCUCUUGUGCUUUUGGCACUGUCCAGGCACCCUAGGGUUAUGGCGUAAGGAGAAUGCCCGACCCCAGAGGGGAGAGAUGCAUGGGAUGUGCACCCCAGGUUGCUUUUACAGUAUUUAGAAUCGUUUGUAGAGGGCGGUGUGUCUGACACCAUGCCUUGCACCUUUCAACAAAAUGACACUCACUGGUCUUUGCUUCGUGGGCAUAAAAUGUUCACCUUUCUGCCAGAUGAGUACCCAGAAUGCUAACUUGUCUGUUCACCGUGUACACUAUUCUAGUGCUCGUGGCCCAAUAUUGUCUGUGAGUUGUUUGUGCUCCUGUUUCUGAGGUUGUCAUGUGAGUUCUGUACAAAGAGCCCCCACAAGUCUGUCCAGUGGAAACUCAGCUCUGAGGUCAGCGAGGAUAUCACAAGAUUUUGUUCACAAUCAUAUGAAAACAAAAUCUCAGUUCUUUAUCCAUUGCUUUCAUUUAGUUUUUAUACCAAACAAGGAGAAUGCAAAGUUAAGCACACAUGACUGAUCCACAUCCGUGAGUUGUUUUGUAAAGCACCUGUAGUUCUGUGGCUUGCAUGGGUGCACCAGUCAUCCUUAGAAUGAUGGACACUGAUGUUCAUCUCAUCGUUGUCAGUCUUUCAGAAAUGUUACUCAGUUAAACCUGUGAUGAGGACUGAAUUUUUUCCCCAAGAACAGAUGCGCUAGGAACAGGGACUUCAGCUAAACAUAGACCAAGCCCCGGGGUGCUUAAAGCUGAGCCCUUUCAUUCUCGGUCGGCCUCCGUCUUGCCUGGGGUAACUGUAGAGACAUUUAUUUCUGGCUGAGGUUCUUGGUCUAGGCCAUCUGACCAGACUUUGCUGUGUCUUAGAUACUAGCAUGUUUUGAAAUAUUUAUUUUUUAAGGUGUUUAGGAAUAAGGUCGUGUUGUCUUUUUUAACUAAAAAGAGGUAUACUGUUGUAUUGUCUCCCUGAGGUCAACGUUGUUGGGUUGCUAGCAAGGGCAGUAGCUUACAUAAUUUUGUUGCCUGCUCUGAAAGUCCUUUUAUCUCCAAGCAUAAUUUCCUCAGAUAAUUUUGUUUCUAGGAUACGGUAUGUUGUAUAUGAUGCUGUGAUUGCCCUGGAGUUCCUGCCGUGACAUGGCAAACUGCUGGUAUGGAAGUGAGUACGCAAAGUACAGACAUGCACCAGGGCCACGUGGCCUACCCAGGAUGUCAAGUUCUUACUUCCAUUCCAACUGCCUUUUGUUGGAGAAGGGUGGGUAGAAGGGACAAAGAUGUAAAACAAAAAAUUGCUACUUUGUAAAAUGUCAUGUAUAGUUGUAAACUUCUUGAAAAGCUUAAUGCUACUUAAAAGACCUUUAAACUUCUAAA